CAAAGACCCACAUUAAACAACGGGGUUAAGGUUGGUCGUCACUGUUUUAAACUUUGGACGUCCUGUUUUGUAGUCUUUGGGCCUAUGAGACUGUUUGAGGAGUGUCUAGAUUACUGGUCUUCAGUCUUCACCAAGCUCAACCGUGCGUAGUGCUAAGGGAUCUGCAAAAGCGCGGCUUUUGCAGAUGUACAUUCCUGCCUUCAAAGUAAGGUGUCAGGUGCGGCAGCUUUUGCGCCGCAUCGCAGGCUUUUGGCAUUUCUGGUCUCCGGCUGCUGCCUUGGCCCUCCGGCCGGGCCUGAGCGAGGUGGAGCUGCAGCGCUUUGAGCAGUUGCUCGCAGAGCGAGUUGAGCGAGGGGGACGUGUGUCACAGCUGCCGGAGGAUUUCGCCGAAUUCCUCCGCUGGUGCGAUGGCUAUGAGGUAGAGGCCUUUUGGUGCGCUGAAGCGCAGCCGGGCGCCUUGGCCUUUCGCGUUUGCCGGUUGCUUUGCAGCGCUGAGAUCGUGGCCCAGGCUGCUCAAAUCUCCUCUGGGUGGCUUCCCGUCUCCUGCUCACGGGAGGCGCCUUGACCUGCUUGCGCCUUGAGGAAGAGGACGAAGAAUCUGCCACACCCGGAGCUGGGCCUGGCAUCACAGCGUCUGUGGUGUCCCCGGCGUCCAGUGCCAGCUUCGGUGAGCUUUGGUGUGGUGCUGCACCGCGGGGAAGCGACUUCGAGUCGGGAAACCUCACCCGGCAGAGCAGCUCUUUCAUGGAAUACCUGCAGGACUACGUGGGCUUGCUGGAAAACAUUGCGCGGCAGUUCGCAGAGGAACAGUUGCUCACCCCAAUCAGCCUGAAUCAGGUGCUUCCACAGCUCUUCUCCUCGACGCGGAUCUACUGCGAUGAACAGUCAAGCUGGGUCACGACAGGUCUGGGCAAAGGCAAAGGCAACCUUUGGCAGCGCGUGGACCGCAGCCGGCCACUGCGGAUCAUCUUUCCCCGCUUCCACACGGGCAAACGUGCCGGCCGCUUCGCGAACAUGUGGCUCCAAAGCUCCAGCGUUUGACGCGAAACUCAGCAGACAAAAA